AUGGCAUCUAUGCCAACUGAAGAGCUAAGAUCCAGUUACCGGUCACAGCUUUCAGCAUCAACAGCACAAGGAACCGUUAUCACCGAGAGGAGUAGCGUCGCAACGAAGAGCAGUUCUAUAACCUCAGUCUACGGCCCGAUCGACGUAGAUGGUGCGGACGAUGCGGUCGAUGAUAGCUUCAGUAUAGAUGAUGUGAUGGGAAUGUAUGAGAAGGGGUUCUACGACGACUCGGCGCCCGAAGAAGACAAUAACGAAUUGGUGGACUCGAGACCACCAACCGCCAAAUCAGAGUUGAGCAGAAGGAAAACCGCCAUGUUAGAAGCUAUGACUGAUUUAUUGCCGAUGCCGGGAGCACGAGACUCUACUCACAUCGAUCCGAUUGUACGAGAGUCUACCGCUAUGUUCCAUGAUCCUGAUAUGCGCAGCCAUCUACUCGAGGAAACCCCUGAAGAACCUCCAGAGAGCAUCAACGAGCCUGAGAAUCAUGAUGCAGAGCCUAGUAUUGUCAAUAUUAUCGAUGUCGAUCUCAAAGCGGAAGACGAAGUCGAAGAUGAUAGCGAUGACGAACCACAACCUCCAGCACCCUCGCGUCAAAUGACGGACAUGACCAUUCCCGAAGAUGACGAUGAGCGAGACCGCUACGGAUUUAGAAAGAGCAAUCAGUACGUCAGCAGAGAGCAAUAUGAUCGCUGGAAUCAAGGGUAUACCGAAUACCUAGCUAGGAGACGAAAGAAAUGGACUGCAUUCCUGAGGGAACAUGGACUCAUGACAGAUAGUCCUAACCGCUUCCCCCCUCGCUCUAAUAAAGCAAAACGGUUCGUACGAAAAGGUAUACCUCCUGAUUGGAGAGGUGCAGCUUGGUUUUAUUAUGCCGGCGGUCCAGCAGUCCUCGCAAAGCACGCGGGCUUGUAUGAUGGCCUGUUAAAGCAAAAAGCCAAAGAUGUGGACGUUGAAGCCAUUGAACGAGAUCUUCAUCGUACUUUUCCGGACAAUGUGAAGUUCCGCUCUUCUCAGAUGCCAUCCGCCUCUAAUGCAAACAGCCGGCGGACUUCGAAGGAGACGGGAGGUGCUCACACGGCAGAAGAGAAACCAAUGAUUACAUCUCUACGUCGUGUUCUCCAUGCUUUCGCUAUAUAUAACCCAAGAAUUGGUUAUUGCCAAUCGCUCAACUUUCUAGCAGGGUUGCUUCUACUCUUUGUGGAAUCCGAGGAGCAAGCAUUCUGGUUACUUAAUAUUAUAACCCGAAUCUAUCUUCCUGGAACGCACGAAACGAGUCUCGAAGGUGCUAAUGUCGAUCUUGGUGUACUGAUGUCCUCUCUCAGGGAGUCUCUGCCCAAUGUAUGGGCUAAGAUAGGAGGUGAACUAGAUGGUACCGAUGCUGUAUGGCCGAAGAACUGGAAGCACAGGCAUCACAAACCCGAAUCGACGCGACUCCCACCCAUCACUCUAUGUAUGACUGCCUGGUUUAUGAGUUGUUUUAUAGGCACUCUUCCUAUCGAAAGCACUCUCCGUGUGUGGGACGUUUUCUUCUACGAAGGGUCCAAAACAUUAUUCCGAAUAGCUCUGGCGAUUUUCAAAAUAGGCGAAGGCGAGAUCAAGGCCGUGACAGAUCCUAUGGAGAUCUUCCAGGUGGUACAGACGAUACCUCGCAGACUUGUUGACGCCAAUGCGUUAAUAGAAGCCUGUUUCAAGCGCCGCAAUGGCUUCGGUCACCUUAGCCAGGAAGCCGUCGACCAAAAGAGAGAGGAUAGAAGGAACCAAGUCAAGGCUGAAAAGAAUAAGCUCGCAACCGGCCACGACACACAUGCAGAUGCGGAUGUGAGGAGGAAAGCAACUCUAUUCGGCCGACGAAGAGAAAGAGAUCACGCUCAUGCUCACGCCGAGCUCGUGUGA